CCGCAAUUCUCUGCAGACUCGUAUGGCGGAGAAAUCGGUUCGCGAAUCGAUACAAACGAUUCCGACCUCCCACUUAUAAAUUUGGCAUCUAUUUUUGGCUGGGUUCUUGGCUCUGUGGACCCGUAGCGCCAAACCCGACGGGCAUGGAGCGGAGGCCUGCCGGGCGGCCCCCGGGCAACCGUCACGAGUGCGACCACUGCCCCUACGUCACGGACCGCGCGGGACACAUGGAGAAGCACCGCAGGACCCACACGGGCGAGAGGCCGUUCGCGUGCCCCGUGUGCGACAGGCGGUUCACGCAGCCGUCGGCCCUCCGCAGCCACGAGAGGACCCACACGGGCGAGAGGCCCUUCGCGUGCGACCUCUGCCCCAAAUCGUUCGCCGUCUCCUCGACCCUGCGCAUCCACGCGCGGGUCCACACGGGCGAGAGGCCCUUCCGCUGCGACGUCUGCGGCAAGGCGUUCCCCGUGGCGUCCGCCCUGCGCAUCCACGCGCGGGUCCACACGGGCGAGAGGCCCUUCCGCUGCGGGGUCUGCGGCCGGUCGUUCGCCCGGGCCUCCAACGCGCGCAACCACGCGAGGACUCACGCGGGCGACCGGCCCUUUCGCUGCGAGCGCUGCGGCCGGGCGUUCGCGCGCUCCUCGCACUUCGCGAACCACCUGAGGACGCACACGGGCGAGAGGCCCUUCGCGUGCGGCCGCUGCGGCCGCGCCUUCUCGCAGGCCUCCCACCUGAGCGUACACGCGAGGACGCACACGGGCGAGAGGCCCUUCGCGUGCGAGCGCUGCGGCAAGGCGUUCGCCCGCUCGUCGGCGCGCAACGCGCACCGGAAGACUCACGUGCGGGAGGACGAGGCGGCGGCGGCGGCGGUGGUGGUGGUCGGGGUGGAGGAGGAGGAGGAGGAGACUGAGGAGGAGGAGAGACCAAGAUCUCGCCAGGUGGAUGGAGGCAUCGUCAAGCAGGUGGAGAAGAAUUCGGACUCUGGAGGGGAGGGUGAGACGGUGUUGGAGGUGAAACGGGAUAGCGGAGGAGGAAGAUUCGGCUGCCAGGUCGUUGUCGCUGGCUUCGUCGUCGUGAAGCAAGAGGAGAAUUCGGAAAUCUCUGAGGGCAGGAGUGAUGAUGGCAGCCACUUGGUUGAGCUGCUAGCGUUUGUGAUGGCCGGGUGGCUUCUGAACGAAGAAGCUACCACACAGCUCAGUGGCGGUGCCUGA